GUUGUGUAUGCUUAAAUGAUCCAGUUCAUCCUGUAUCUCUGUUUAAGGAUAAGUAGUGAUGGCCUGGAUGAAUGUUGUGUAUGCCUGGAUGAUCCAGUUCAUCCUGUGUCUCUACCCUGCGGGCAUACAUUUUGCUUUCUAUGUGCUAAGGGUUUGGUGUUAACCGAUCGAAGUCAAUCACCACUUUGCUCAUUGUGCAGAAGACCUUUCUCUCCUGACUACCUGGAAUCAGCUAAGGUGUUGGACCAAGUCACUAAGGAUCUAAAUGAAACACCGCCUUUGAUCGCUCAGCAAAACUCAUGGCAGUGGUUUUAUGAGGGGAGGAAAGGAUGGUGGAGGUUUGAGGAAAGAAACUGUGAAGAAAUCGAGGAGAAUUAUGGAAAGGGGGUACAGCAGUUUGAGACAUUGAUUUGUGGAAACCUUUACACAAUAGAUUUCAUGAACAUGGAACAGUAUCAGCGUGAUUAUCCUGGGAGGAAACGGAAGAUAAAGCGUGACCUGAGAUCAACAACCUGCAAGGGCACUGCUGGACUACACAAAAGAUCAAAGAAUUAUGAUAAUUGAAAUAUCAACUGUACGCUGUGCAGUGCAUUUAAAGCUGUACAGUGUUCACUGCACAAUGCACAUUCAUCUAUUUAUAUUACGAUUUACGGGUGAAUAAUAUCGAAAAUUUAUCUAUCUGUCGUUACAGCACUUAAAACAGACUUAUCUUUAGGGUAAAUCCUGAUCAAAUUUUGAUAAGAGCUUAAUUAUUAAAGCUUAAAGACUCCUUGAAGCCUAAUUUAAAACUCAUGAAAGCCCAAUUAAAGACUAAUUAAAGCCUGAUAGAAGUAUUAUUAAAGACUGAUUAAAGUCUGUUUGAUCGAAAUCAAGCUAUUUAGCAAUUUUCAAAUCAUUCAACUAAAUUGAUAUUUCAUUAAAAAUUUCAAUAGUUGAUGUCUGAUAUAUUUUUUUACAUCGUUAUCCUUAUUUGAUUACAGUUCAUUAUUUCUUUUUUUUACUAAUUUGAUACAAUUUAUGUCAUUUAAAAAUGUGAAUAUCCAAAUUAACAUUGUGAUUAUGCAAGAAUAAUUAUUAUAUUUUCAGACAAAUCAG